UGCUAAUUCUUUAGCUCCUAGUCAAAGCUCUUACACAGGCAGUUGUUUCUAAAGGUAAACACUAAAGCAGUACUGUAUGGGUUAAUAUUUAUUCACUAUGUGCUCCCUGACCUCAGCUUAGCUUUAUCAGCUUCAGUACCCUCUUGUCAGUUUCAUAUCGAGCUUUCAGAAUCAUUGUACAAUGCGUCCCUAUUUCACUGUUCACAUGCUGGUUGUGAAUGCAUUGCUGAUACCAUUAUGCCAUGGCAACCCUGAUCUGACCAGCACAAACGUGUGCUCCUCGAUUCAGGGGCCUCCAGGGGUCCCUGGAAACAAUGGAUUACAUGGCAGGGAUGGGCGAGAUGGGCGAGAAGGUCCAAAGGGUGAAAAGGGGGAUAUAGGCUCUCCUGGACAACGGGGGGUGCAGGGUCCCCCAGGAAAGAUGGGACCCGUGGGACCACAAGGCAAACCUGGGCUUUUAGGAACCAAAGGUCAGAAAGGAGAAGAUGGACGUGCAGCGGCACCCUGUGAUAUGGGUCGCGUUGCAGCUUUAGAAGCAGGGCUUAGCACCUUACAAAACAACUUCAACAAGCUUGAGAAAGUUCUCCAGUUACUACAGGUAAAGAAGGUGGGACAAAAACACUACGCGACUGAUGGGAGAGUCAUGAACUUUGAAUCUGCCCGCAAGAAAUGCCAAACGAUUGGAGGAUUGCUCGCUAUGCCCAAAACUGAAGAAGAAAACAAAGUAAUACAUGACUUUGUGAGUUUUUAUCAAAACCCAGCCUUUCUCGGAAUAUCUGAUGUAAAGAAGGAGGGCUCAUUUGAGUAUAUUACAAAAGGAAGCAUAACGUACACCAAAUGGAGCCAAGGUGAACCCAAUGACUAUAAGGGAAAGGAAGAUUGUGUUGAAAUGGUGUCCAGUGGGUCCUGGAAUGAUAAAAACUGUGGAGAAGAACGACUUGUAGUGUGUCAGUUUGAAAUUUGAAUUAUAACAUUCACUUUGUAAGAUUCCAUUUGGAUCUUCAUAUUCCAUUGUAAUAAUAUCAUUUAAAAGCACCCACGUGGCCUCAGUAGAGCGCUCAGAAUCUCCAAGUACAUCAGCUUUAUUGUAUUGCCAUGUCUAAUACCUGCUGGAUUAUUAAUAUGCAACCUACUGUACUGUAUGUUAAUCAAUAAACUUCUAUAAACUA